AUGUACGCGGAGGGUGGUAGAUUUUCCACCACUUUCCACCACUACCGCUUCUACUACUACCCUUCACGUGCAACGCCCACCUCUCUACCAAACAACACCUUCCAGCAAGAGACCUACGACGUCAGCAACGUCAUGUCGCAACGGGACAACGAGGCCGGCGAGCAUUUCGAGGAAGAUCAUACGAGCGAGGGAGACAAGGAGGAUGAUGUGGCGGAAGUCGGGUGGGCAGUGAAAGCUCCUUUGGAUGUCCGCGAGAAGUGCGCUCAGAGUUUGCGCACAGAGAACAUCCUGGCGUGUCCUCAGAUAUGCAUUCCCUCCAAGCAAAAGCACGUUGGCAUCGGUUGCGAGGAGAUAUUCCAGCGCGAAGCGAAGUCCAGGGCAAUGACUCGUACUGAUAUUGAGAAUGUCCUCGAAUGGGCUGUACGAAUCCGUCAAGAACAGACGCUUGGGACAGAGACAUGGUCCGGCAGUGGAAGGUAG